CGGGGCUAAGGCAGCGUUUCCGUGGACACCAGUAAUAUCGUCCACAAGUUUAAUUUGAAACAACGAGAAUCCGUCAGUUGUGGUGAUAGAGAUGGGGGUAUCUCUGACUAAAGCAGCCCAGUGGACCACCGGUGGCAAACUGGAGUUCACGUCAAUGAAUGAGACACUGUUAAGAGAAAUCCUGAGCUUUGUUGAGGAGCUGGGCUCACGUCAUCCACAGGAGGCAGAGCAAGUGUUGAAGGAGCCACUGCGGUGGAGCACUACUUUGACAGCAUCUGAUUUCAAAACAGACUAUGACAUCAGUGACUCAGGAGUACAAUCCCAUGAAAAAGACGCUGAAGGGCGGCCAUUGCUGCAGCUCUGCCCUCCUACAGUUAAUGUCCGCAGCUUUGGCCAACUCUGUAAACUAGUCCAUCUGGCAGCUGAUAAGAAACUAGACGAGCUCCGGGCAUGUCUGGAAGAAAAUAGAGACGCCAUGGUUCAAAUGUUUGGCAACGGCUUGGAGAAGGAAGACAACCAGACCGAUGUCCCACGUCUGGUGAAGGAAGAGGAGGACGAGGUCAAGGUCAAGCUGUUUCACUUGGUCCAAAAUCUGGACGAACUUUUAAUCAAAAAGCUCCUCAAAGAAAUAACAGAAACAGUGGAGCUCGACUGCGCCACAGUCAACAAUGACGUAGAAUCACUCAAAGAGCUCUGCAGAGACGGAGAGAAGCCGGCGUUGGAGUCGAUACGAUUCACAUCAGAUUAUGAAUUUUCCAAUGGCUGUCGGGCUCCUCUGUGGAGGCAGGUGCAUGGUGAGAUUUGUUACCUUGUGGUCGAGCCUUGUGACACAGAGACCCUCUACAUCACCUGCAGCAAUACUGCAGUUUUUCUCAAUGCGGGCAUAAAACAGGAGGUGGAGGAGAGUGGUUACGAGCGAACCAGUGACACGUACAAAGAUCUGCUUACACUCCUGAAGAGCCGCUCUCCACACUUUGCUGAGCACAUGAACAAGCAGAAAAUAAAAGCCGGAGAAUUUGAUGAAAUGAAUGAAAAGGGCCAAGAGAAGGAAUCUUAUCGACAACGGGAAAAGAAUGUGAAUGAGAAGACACGAAAACAUCAUGUGCCGAGAAAAAGAAGCGCCGAAAAGAAAUAUGAGCCCUGUCCAAGAUGGAAAAAUCUUGGUCUCAUGUCUCCAUGUGGUAAAGCAGAGGAAAAGAAACCAAAGAGCUCUGGAUUGGAGAAAGUCCAGGGAUCAGGAGCCAGGAGCAGGAUGAAGGCAGAAUUCUCUUUGUCCUCUUUACCUGGACGCCUGUCCUCCCAGAAAAUUAAGACCCCAGCAGGAGCCAUGGAGCUUUCCAGCGAAAGUUCAAGUGAGAGUGAGGAGGAAGAGGAGCAGUCGGAGCGCCGUCUGGAAAGUAACACAGACCUGCCGCCCGAAUACUGGCAGAUCCAGAAACUGGUCAAGUACCUGAAGGGAGGUGACCAGACUGCCACUGUGCUCACUCUGUGCGCCAUGUUGGACUUUAAUUUAAUGCAGGAAACAUGCCAACUGGCCAUCCGGGAUGUAGGUGGCCUUGAAGUCCUCAUUAACUUGCUGGAUACAGAUGAAGUCAAAUGCAAAAUUGGAUCUCUGAAAAUCCUGAGGAAGAUAAGUCACAAUGUGCAAAUCCGUCAGGCCAUCGUUGACCUGGGGGGUUUGCAGAGCAUUGUUAAAAUUCUGGAUUCACCGGUCAAGGACCUCAAGGCUCUGGCUGCUGAGACCAUCGCCAGUGUGACCAGGUUCCGCAGGGCAAGAAGAACUGUGAGGCAGUAUGGUGGGAUUAAAAAACUGGUGAGCCUGCUGCACUGUGUGCCUAAUUUAGCCAGCCUGACUGCACACCAACAGAAGGACGUAGAGGUGGCCCGCUGUGGCGCGUUAGCGCUUUGGAGCUGCAGCAAGAGCACGAAGAAUAAGGAGGCCAUCCGUAAGGCCGGCGGUGUCCCGCUGCUGGGAAGAUUGCUAAAGUCUCCACAUGAGAACAUGCUUAUCCCCGUGGUGGGCACCCUGCAGGAGUGUGCCUCAGAGGAGAGCUACAGAACUGCCAUUCAGAAAGAAGGAAUGAUCAAGGAUUUGGUCAAAAACCUGAGCAGUGACAACGAAGAACUACAAAUGCAUUGUGCAAAUGCACUCUUCAAGUGUGCAGCGGACAAGCAGACCAGAGACCUGGUGCGCAACUACAAAGGUCUGCAGCCUCUGGUUUCACUGCUGGCCAAGGUGAACAACAAGCAGCUCCUGGCUGCUGCCACCGGGGCCAUCUGGAAGUGUUCAAUUAGUGUGGAGAACGUGGCUGAAUUUCAGAAGUACAACGUCUUGGAGUCCUUGGUUGACCUGCUGACUGAUCAGCCUGAAGGAGUGCUGGUAAAUGUGGUCGGGGCACUGGGAGAAUUUGCUCAGAUCCCUGCAAGCAAGACCACCAUCCGCAAGUGUGGAGGCAUCAAGCCUCUGGUGGACCUGCUCAACGGAACAAAUCAGGCGUUGCUGGUGAAUGUAACUAAGACAGUGGGUGCCUGUGCCACAGACCAGGACAACAUGGCAAUCAUUGACCAGCUCGAUGGAGUCCGCUUGGUGUGGUCCUUAUUGAAGAACCCCAGUUCUGAUGUCCAGUCUAGUGCAGCCUGGGCUCUCUGUCCGUGCAUUGAGAACGCAAAGGAUGCAGGGGAAAUGGUGCGCUCCCUGGUCGGUGGGUUGGAACUGAUUGUUAAUUUGCUGAAGUCAACAAACAAGGAGGUCUUGGCAAGCAUUUGUGCUGCCAUUGCCAAAAUAGCCAAAGACAAGGAGAACCUGGCAGUCCUUACUGAUCACGGGGUUGUCCCGCUGCUGGCCAAGUUGACUAACACAACUGAUGACAUGCUUCGUCGACACCUCGCUGAGGCCGUUGGGCACUGCUGCAUGUGGGGAAGUAACAGGGCCUCCUUUGGUGAGGCUGGGGCUGUGGCCCCACUGGUGCGCUACCUGAAGUCCAAAGACCACAGAGUCCACCAAAGCACAGCCAUGGCCUUGUAUCAGUUAUCCAAGGAUCCCAAUAAUUGCAUCACCAUGCACGAGAAAGGAGUGGUAAAGCCACUCAUCCAUAUCAUGGGCUCAGAUGACGAGAUGCUACAGGAAGCUGCGGCUGGCUGUGUGCGAAACAUCAGACUUCUGGCCGUGGCUAAUAGGAAGGCAAUAUUGUUUUAUUGAUAAUUGAUGAGCCUAGAACUUUGGGAAAUCCAAUAGUGACUGCACAAAAAUGGAUUAAUGGGGAAAGAGGCUAAGCUUAGCAGCUUAGCUGACCCUCCCACUCCCCCAAAGCUGAGAUCUGGUUGAGACUGUUAACAAAACUCAUUAAAAUCAUUUUAAAUUCCCAAAAUACAUUCAACUGUAUUGAGCAACAAUCUGUCAAAAAUGCUGUUUCUACCAAAUUAUAUCUCUUAUAAUUCUUUCUGCUAAAACGAACAGCUUUCUGAAAAUCAUUAGGUGAUUAGGUGGUUUUAAACAAGAACUGACUGAUCUGAGAGAGGUUUGAAUUAAAACGGUUUGUCUUUGAUUGGCUGUUCAAUGGGUGUGUGUUUAUUUCCCCCCGCUCGCUUCUGUUUAGGUGGCGAUUUGCGGUCCGUGCUCCUCAUUUAAAUCAAUUACGUCAUCCAAAGUUUGUACAAACAUUUACCAAUUCUUUUUUCUCUCUCUCUAUUGGCCAGCUCUGCUUAAAAACUGUAGUGAUAAAAACUAAAUGCAUCUCUCAUAUGUUUGUUCUCCUGCCAAAGACCCCCAUCCAUUGAUCAGAGUGAGACACUGCCAUGCUGUGUUCUCCGCAGCAGCAUUCCUUAAGUAAUCCACACGUGACCACAAUAUCUAAACAAGAGCCACAUCUGCUUUGAGUGCGCUGGCUUCUCUUGUAAACGCUGCGUUUAUGCUGCA